AAAUCAAAAUGGCGAAUCAAAGAAGUUGUUCGCAUUGCAUUGCGUUGUAGUGGUCGGGUUUUGUGUAAAUAUUUGCGUGUUUGUGUGAAUGUCUGAGUGACGGUGUUAUGAAUCGUGUUAUGACGGUGCUGUGGCCUAGUACACCCAGCGUCAAUUUAUAUGCUGUAUGAUGCAAUGGGCUCAUUAAGAUGGGACAUAGUGGACUUAUCUGGAAGGCUUUGCCAAGAACGUCUAUAUGUGGCUGCAGAACAACAUCACCUGCAGGCAUUGAAUGAAGAUGUUACAUGUGAAACAUCCAGUUUGGCCCAGCUGGCCUGGGUGACAGCGCAGCAGAGAUAUAACCUGAACAGGCUUAUUGUGUCACGACCAGACUGUACUCCCGCAGUUUGCUGUCAAAAGGCAAACACAUUUGAACAUACAUCAUUUAUAGAUGGUUACAAAGCUCUGGGGUUUCAGGGAUGUCUGGCUUAUGGACAGUUUCUGCAGAGAAUUCGCAACUCUCCACAACUUCUAGCAGGAUGUCUUGUGGUUGGCGACAAAUUGCUUCCUCCAGAUACCAUGGCUGGUGUUGUCCACUCUGUGGCAACUGGUCUUUUGGGUAGCUGCACAUUACCUGAAGAUACUCACCUAGCUUUGACACUUCUUCGUCAUCUAACAGAGCUGCAGUUGGUACCUUCAGACAAUCCUCGAAGGCUUCUAAGACAGAAAUCAUCCUCAUUUGCGCGCCUUUAUGGAGAAUUUCAUGAAGGUCUCUUCUCGGCAAAGUUAUUUUUAACAGCUGCACUACAUCAACCAAUAAUGCAGCUGCUGAUGGAGGAUGGAAUGUAUUUGGAUAUAGAUCCUGAUAAAGCAACAAUAAGAUUUCCUCCAGAGGAAAGGCUAAAGAAAUUUGGUGUUGAAGGGACAACUGAGUACAAUACCAGACUUAGUGAGUACCGUAACUGGACAAAUAAACGACUAUUUGCUGCCACAAAUAGAUUUGUGAAGAGUAUAUCAAAAAAUAUGCAUUGUUUUCCCUUUGGAAUUUUGUGGCUAGUUCGCCAAAUUGCGGUAUUACUUUCAAAAUCUGGGAAUAUUGAACCAAAGGAGGUUUACGCAAUAUGUACAGAUCUUGUAUUCACAUACUUCAUAUGUCCUGCAAUUGUCCAUCCAGAACCGUAUGGUAUCACAGAUGCUCCAAUAAGCUACAUAGCAAGAUUUAAUUUGAUGCAAGUAGGCCAGAUUGUGCAGACUCUGGCAAUGAUGAAAUAUGAAGAUGUUAGUAGCAAAGUUGCAGAUCUCUACAGUCUUUUUGAGAAAGAUUGUGUGUCAUCUUUGCUGGACAUAAUUUUGGAGGGCAGUGCCAACAGUGUAGAUGAUGGGCAAGGGAUAGAUCAGAAUACCAGCUUCAAUGGACUCUCUCGCCAUGCAGCACUCUUCAUGGAAAAUGAAUUGCAAACAAUGAUUACAUUUUUACAAACAGUGUUAUUGGAAUUACCAGAAGAUGCAGCAGCUAUUGUCGACAAAGAACAGUUACAAGAACUUUUGAGGCAGCUGCCAUCUAAUACUCCUGCUAACAUUGGCAAUGUCUCAGUACCACCUGUUGCUGCGAAGGUCAACCAGCAUCGCACACCACCAGAAACACCCAGCAAAAGAUCAGCCUUACUGAGUAAAGUAUCAAGAUCAAGAAAUCCAUCAUCUGGGGCCAUUGGAAGAAAUGGGAACGAAGAUGGUUCAGUAGAAGAUGGAGAUGAUUGUGGUCCAGAUGUUCUUGUUAUUCCAUUCUCCCCAGAAGUCGGUGAGAAUAUUGGACUUGCAUCAGAACAGAAGGUGCUGUGCCUUGAGGAUCAACAACAUUUCACAGAAACUGGUGCGCAUGGAAAUAUCACAGAUGCUGGAGGUCCUAUAGGAAACAUUGUAGAUAGAGUGGAAAGUCAAGAGAAGCGCACCCGUUUCUCCUUGCUACAUGAUGAAGGCUCAAUUGGUAACACAAGUGAUAAUCUUGAAGCCGUGUCAGAAGCUGCUUCCAAUCAUAGUGUUGCUUCAUCACUGGAGUUGGAAAACGAAGAUCAGAAUGAUAACUUAUCAGAUAUGGUAUCUGCAAAUGUGUCUGGUCGAGGAACACCUAAUAUAUCAGGUAGAGAUACACCAUCCUCACAAAUUACAGAAGGUGAAGAUGGUGCCGCAGGUGCAAUGAGGAGUGUCAGUGGGGAGCAACGACAGUCCUUAGAUUUUUCUGCAGAAGCUGCAAGCAAACAAAGUCGCACAGAUAUAGAUGACAAAUUUGGAAAGUUUGAAAUCAAAAAACUUCUUGAAGGUGAUGAAACUGUGUCAAUGGUCAGUGACACUUGGAGUACAGAUGUUCUUGCAAGUGAUAGUGAAACCAUAGAGCAAUCAUCAGAACGUAACUUUCCUACAAGUGCCCAAGAAACAGCGUUAAAUCAAUUGGCAGAAGCUGCAGUGCUUUUAGAUAUCUCUGAAACAGCAUCAGAAGCAUGGAGCACAGAUGUAAUGGCAUCAGACUCUGAACGCAUGACAGAAGUUGAUACUGACGACACAGCAAGUGUAGCACGAUCAGAUGACACUGCUCGCUCGGAAGUUGACUUGGAUGCUCGUGGUGAAACAGAUGUAGGAGAGGAAACACCACCAUCUAGUGCACGUGUUUUGAACUCGGCCUUCCGACCAGUAAGAGAGGAAGCCAGUGGGCGUAUAGCAGGUUUGUCUGUCCCAGUCUCACCUACAAGGACAGACACACUUGUUCACCCAAGUUGGAAUGUAACUGGUAGAGGUGGAGGAAAAGCUGACUACAGGCGUCGCACAAUGGAAUAUGUUGACAAUAAUGCAAAUAAUAUACUCCUUCGGAGAAAUCCAGCAGGUGUUGCAGUCACCUCUGGAGAAACAUGCUUGAUACAUGUAAUAGACAAGAUAGAUAAACCAGUAGAUGGAAAGAUCUUGGUGUCGCCAGGUACACAGAAUAUUGUCAACAUUCCAAGCCCUGUAGUUAUGGCAUCACCGCCCUCGACCCAGAAUGGUCCAGUUCCUGUAGUUCAGUAUAAUGGAGUAUGUGCGGCAUCACCGGCAGUAGAUGACAAUUUUGCUCAGAUUGCAGCAGCACAAACUGCCAUCCAUGAACAAGCAUCAACUCAACUUGCUGGGAACACACCUGGAGAUCUUGAAUUAAAACAAGAGUUGCUACCUGAGGAUGAGGGUGACCAGGAUAGUGUGGGUGAAGCAAUGUUAAACCUUGUGCGACUUAGUUCAGCUAGUUUGGCAUCUUCAAGUAGCAGUGCCAGCAGCUCCGAUCACCGCCCCAAAACGGUUACUCCAACACCAGAUUUGCUACUGGCCCCCAGUGCACUAAUGAUCAACAGUCAAGCUACUGUGACUGAUGAAGUCUCUGUACCUCCUCCUCCCAGUAAACCUAUCUCACAUCCAACAACUUCUACAGGUGCCAUUCCCAAAAGCAUUAGUUUCGAUAAAACAGCUGAACGUGGUGACAAGGAUGCACUAGAUGAAGACUCAAAACACAAGAGAGGAUUCUUCCGAAACUUCAAGCUACCUUUCAAAAGCAGACGUGUCAAAUCUCUCAGGGGAACAGAUGACCUAGGAACUCGCUAUGAAUCGAGUCUGAAUGCCACUGAAACUGAUGGUUCAUCACAUCGACUGCGAAGAGGACUUUCUGAAGAAGCUCGGCCACUACACUCUGAUGCUACAGAAGAUAUCCUAGCAAAGUAUCGCCGUAAGCCAAAUGUCGCUGGGAAUGCAGCUUCAGCUGAGCAGAUUACUGAUUCAACUGUUCCUUUAAAGCACAAGGAAUCCUCAGAUGAACGUCUCAACAUAGAUCCAAACAACAUUGAAGCUUCUUAUGCAUUUACUGAUGCAAAAAGGAAACUGAGGAUAGUACUCAGUACAGCUGAUGUCCAGCAUGUAUCAUGGUCACCAGAAAAACUGACCGCUCUUAGGCAGUCAUCAAUUCAGAAAGAAAAUGAACUUGUAUCAUUCCUGCAAUUACAGUUGGCUGAAGCUAUAAAUCUGCAGGACCGUUCUCGUAUUUCUCACCUUCAUGAAACAUUAAGAUGUAUUAAACUUUUUGAUGAAGAAGGGUGCCGCAGAUUGUUUAGAUCUCUUCGGGAAGAUUACCGCAAGCGUUCGCCGUAUAUUGCAUACCUAAUAAAAUGUCGGCAGAGUCUACUGUCAACACUGACACAUGUUCGGAGGCUGAGGGGCCGCAUCCAGUGUGAUAAAGAAGUUUGCAGCAGGUUCCUUGUAUCUGUUAUUGUUCAGAUGUUCCUGGAAAGACGUGAACAACUUUUGCUCAGAUUUCAGAAUGAGUUUCAACAGUUGACACUAGCUGAUGAAAAGACUGACUUGCUUGAUAAUUUUUUGCAAGCCCUGUUCAUUGAAAUGGAACAAGACCCAAUGUGGCAAGCUGCUAGUAGUGCUCAAAUAAGUCAAGCUCAUACCGCCAUUGAGAGGGCAGUGAUAAGUCGCGUGUACCUCCAAGCAAUAUACCCAAAUGGUGAUGGCGACAUUUCAAGAGAUCAAGUCCUCCAUGAACACAUGAAAAAAUUAUCCAUUGUAAUCACCCCUGACCACAAGGAUUUAAGAGUGCCUAAGAUGUUCCAUUACGAAUGUCCGUGGCCAUCAGCUCAAGCUGAAAUUGCAGGAAUAUCUGCAUACAAGACACCGAGAGACAAAUUGUUGUGUGUCUUUCGUUGUGCAACAACAAUAAUGAAUUUAUUGGCACUGGCAAGUGAUAAUGGUGUUCCCUCUGCAGAUGACUUCAUCCCUGUCCUUGUGUAUGUCUUAAUAAAGGCAAAUCCGCCAUCACUUCUGUCAACUAUACAGUAUGUUGACAGUUUUUAUGGAAAUAGACUUGAAGGUGAAGAGCAGUACUGGUGGAUACAAUUUUGCUCUGCAAUUGAAUUCAUAAAAACAAUGGAUUAUAAUGUCUAAAUUUUUAAGAAUCCAUGAUAUUUAGCAGAUUCUUUUACAAGAAACACAAAUGCACAUACACUCAAUCCAUUGGUUUCAUGGAGUUAAAUGAUUUGUUGACAUUACAAAUGGUUUAUUAUUGUUGUAUUUUGGUUUAGGAAAAUACCAUUGUAUUCACUGUGUUGUGUUUUCCAUUCCAAGGAAAUCAGAUCCUGUAAUUCUUCAAAUUAGUGUACUAAAAGUUACACAUCCUAUCAAAGUUUCUUGGCACUUAGUAACCAUUGAUUAUGAUGUGUCUAUAUUUAUGCUAUAAUCUGAUUGCAUAGAUGCAUUUGCUAAGGCAUUUUUUUAAAAUUAUGCUUUAUUUGUAAAAUAUAUUGUGUUUAAAUAAUUAUUUUUUGUUAUAUAUAUUAGAAUGACUGUAAAAAAAAGCUACUAUUUUAUCAUGUGCCUCAGCUAUGUGACUUCUAUUUGUUUAUAACUUUCCAAAUAUGUAUACAUGCCUUGUAUUCUGUAUUUUAAAUUUCUUCAGACUGAAUUCCUCUUUGAAUCUCUGUUAAUUGGUGGUUACUUAUAUAUUACCUUUCGUCAAUUUUUUUUUCUAUUUUUUUCUCAUAUAAACUUUAUUUACCACUGAAUACUUGUGGUUAUAACCAUGUUUAUUUAUCAUGUAUCCUCUAUAUUAUACAAUAGGGUGAUAAUAUGUGAAUAUAUUAUGUUUUAUGUAUUAAUGUUUGUAUGGCAUAUAUUGUGUAUAAUAUUUGGACUGCAUGCAACCGUGCCUUUCGAAAUCAACAAUGUGAUAUGUAAGGCCACUAUAUUUUGUGUACAUAAAAGGUGUUUGAAGUAUUUGCUUCACUAAGUGGCCUUGCAUAAAGAUGUUUUCAUCAUUAUUUUAAUGAUUAUUUUAAUUUGAUACUCUAGUAGUGCAUUGUCGGAGAAAUAGCUUAGAAAUUAUUAGUUUGAAGUAAUGAAAUAACACUGGCUGUUCUACAAAAUUGAGAAUAAUUCUAUCCAUGAGCAUAAUUAUAUUUACUGCAGUUUUAGAUAGGUUUUGAGUAUGCGGUGGUCACAAUAAUUGAAUGAAUGUCUUGCUGCUAAAAUGAGCCAUUGCCUGACAUGUCUGUUAACAUAUCACGAGUGAUUUUUUUUUAUUUUUAUUAUAUACAGAUAUUUAUAUAUUAAUAUAUAAUUUUUUUAAUUGCGAGACCUUUAUGUUGCUCAGAAAUUGUUUCUCUAUGUUAUUCUCAUUGUCUCACCUAUGUAUCACCAUUGCAGCUUGUUAUAUUCACAAACAUAUUUUUCUUAAAAGAAUUAAGUGUAAUAUAUUGGAACAAAGUUUCCUAAGUAUUUUUGUUUGUUCCAAGGUGUGUAUGUAACGCCUGCUGUUGAUAAUGAAAUAUUUGUGAAAAAAACUGAAUAUAAAAUAAAAAUAAUAGUUAUUUAUAAUCAA